CCCUUAAUACAACAAAAAUGUUAAUAUAAAUUAUUGAGAGCUAAUGCUUUAUCUAUAAGACCAAAUAAUUGUAAUGUUCGAUCAAAACAAACAAGUGUAGUUCAGCAGUAAAGCGUCCUAAGUUUCAAGAUGGACGACUGCAACCUUGAAAAGCUUGGAAUAAAACCUGGUAAAAUUGCACCUGCUUUUAAGCAGGAUGUGCUGGAAUACAGCGCAACUGUUCAAAGCAGUGUUGCAGAAGUUACACUUGACUUGCUCACAAGAGAUAGUGGCGCAUCCUAUACUAUUUCUGGCAGUGGUGGAUCAAAGAAAGUUCCAGUAAAGGAAGGUGCAGUCACAGACAUUAAGAUUGAAGUUUGUGCUGAUGAUGGAAAGACCACAAAAACAUAUAUCAUCAAAGUUAAACGCCUCUCUGCAAGCGAUGCCACCCUAUCUAAUCUCAAAGUGGAUGCUGGAAUUAUUACUCCUGAGUUUUCACCUGAUGUGUACGAAUAUAGCUGUUUGCUUGCCUGCAACACAAGUAAGCUACUGGUCACACCAACGGCUCCCGACCCAAAGAAUGCUGUGACAGUGGGUGGGGACAAGCCUGGUUCUCCAUCUAGCCUUAAUGUGGGAAGUACAAACAUAGAGAUUGAGGUCACAUCCGAGGAUGGAUCCAAAAAACAGAAAUACAACCUGUGUGUCACAAGGAAGCAGCUACCAAGACAUGUCAAAAUCACUGAUCCAGCCCUUGCAAUGCAGUUUGAAGACCCCAUUUCCCUCAGCACCCUCUAUCAACCAAUCACAAUUCGAAACAGUGAUCCAAAGCACACUUUCUCUGCACCAAUAAUAGAUGAGCUUACAAAGACCUCAAAAUUUGAUCCAAUUAAUGACAUGCCUUUGGAAUCUGAUUGGAGGAUAGAAGAUGUUGAACUGGAUAAGAAGAUGAGUGGAGCUACGGCUUGUAUUCCACUAACAUAUGGAGGUGCCUCGGAAAUUUGUCCCUUAAGUGAGAUUGGUGCUCAGGUUGCCAAAUGCAAUGUGCCUCCAAAAGUUGAGGAUGCUAAAGACAAGUUCAAGGAUGUGAAUGCUCCUGUAAAACACAAAGUAGAGCAACGAAAGUGGGAGAAGAAUCUACAGCAGGUAUUUGGGGAAACCAGCGCAGACAAACUCAUCUCCGAUGCAAAAGAGGAGCUGAAGAAUUAUUUUGCAGCCCUGCCUAAACCAAAUCAGAACCGCUCAUGGCCUGAUGGGGAAUCACCCACCGACUACCUCCAGCAAGCCACUUACUGCUACGCCUCUGCCCUCAAAAUCAAGCCCAAGGACCCAACCCUUCAUCUACAGCUUGGAAUGCUACUGGAGGAAAACUAUUACAUUGAAGAUAUGUUUGGGCUUAAAAAAGAGAGCCAUGAUGAUAUGCCAUCCCUAAAUCUUCAAGCUGCAGAGAGCUCCAAGGACGAGGAGUGUGCAGCAAUCUGUAAACUUCACGGGGUGGAGGCGACCGCGCCCCUCCCCCUGCAGUUGAAGGCUAUCGACAUGGAGUACCACGGGCUUAUACAGGCCGGGCAGUCAGCGAAGGCCGACCAUGUUAUGGAGCUGUUCCAGUGGAAAUCCAAACAAGCCACACAGGAGGGUGCAGCCGCCCAGAAAGCAGGUGAUGAAGAGUCGCCCCUGGGUCAGGCAUUCCUGAAAUACAUGGACGCCCUGACCUGUGACGAAGCUAAGGCCCUAUUUAACUUCCAUGUGGGACGGAUGCUUGUUGUUCAGGGGAAAUAUGAUGAGGCAGUCAAGCGACUCGAAACCAGUCUAAAUUGGAACGUGAAUCAUCAGCUCUCAAGGUUUUACCUCGGUCUUGCGCUAGCCCUGAAGAAGGAGGGUCCGGGGGCGAGAGUAAAGGAGGCUGUCACCUAUCUGCUGGAGGCCUUUGAGACCCUAAUGACAGAUAGGACGAAACAGGCCAUGAGUCCCACACCUGAAAGCUACAUAGAGCCCAUCCUUCGAGCAGAAAACCUCAUGCAGCCAACCAACGUUCAUCUUAUGCGAGGCUUUAUCCAGUUAGGAAGACUUCUGCAAAAAAACACUGACAUUAAAGAUGCCAUGUCUCCUCAGGACAUCUUUCACAAUGCGGCCCUUCUGGCAACCCAGAUGCUUCCCUUCAUAUCUCGAGGUGACAUGUACAAACAGCUGGAGUGGGUGAUUCUGGAUGCCCAUGCCAACCUCCUCGAUAUUCUAGCCUCCAGCCAGGCCGGCAACGAGAAACUGAUUGUCCAGCGUUGCCAGCGUCUGUCUGCUCUCAUAUUUCACUCAACAAUUCCUCAGAAUGAUCAGCUGUUGGCUUUACAGGAAAAGACGUGUCAGCAACUAAUUCAGAUCACGCCCUGUUCUAGUCACUCCCUCUACCUGCUGGGCACCUCACAGUUUUCACGCUUUGAGAACACGCCCCCGGGAGAGGAGGCAAACAAGCUUCUGGGUGAUGUGAAAUCAUCAUUCCAAGCAUCUAUUGACCUGGAGGGAAAACCUGCAUCGGGAGAUAUUCCAGAAAGUGUUAAAGGUCAACAAUGGUGGCAGACAAAGGUCAAACUUGAGGAAGAAAAGAGAAAAGCCGAAGAGGCCAAGUCAGCCCCAGGAAAGGGUGCUCCAGGGGUCAAACCUGGGGCCCCAGCUGGACGGGGAGGGGCUGCUGGUAGGGGGGCACCUGCAGGGGCUGCUAGGGGUCGGGGAACACCUGCUCCAGCUCCGACAAGGGGCGGAGCUGCUGCAAGGGGCGGGGCAAAGGCAACACCUGCAGCUAGGGGAGCACCUGCUAAGGCCCCUGCAGCUCGUGGAGCACCAGCAGGACGAGGAGGUGCUGCAGCAAAACCUGGGGCAAAGGGACCAGCCCCUGCUGAAGCUCCAAAAGAGGAACCAAAGGCCGAGGUUCCAAAAGUGGAUGCCUCAAAGCCUGUCGCGUCCAAUCUGGGCCCUGCACCAAUCAACAGGAAGUCUUACCUGCCCCGUCUAGGGCUCGCCAGGGCACACAAAUCAGCCAAUGAGGUGCAAGAUGCAAAAAGAUUCUACAAUGAGGUCAUCACCAUGUCACCUGAGGUUCAUGAUUCGUACAUUGAGAUGGCUGAUAUGUUGCUCAAGACAGACCCGCUGGGGGCAGUCGAUGUGUAUUGCAAGUUUCCUGUCCCUGAAAACCCGUCGUUUGACGAUGCCUACAUAUUUGGUGAUAUUGUGCGCUUGCUGAUUAAGGCCGAAAAAUAUGAUGAUCCCAGAUUGACGCCCAACAUGAUAACGUAUGGGAAGAUUCUAGGAUUAGGAGUCCUGGAGAAAUAUGUCAAAAUUCUUGAAGAGAAAUUCAAGAACGAGACGCUAAGACAAGUGUACGCUGGCGUGAAUGGACGAUCUGUAGAUGACCAAGAAAUGCAGCAGUUUUUCAAGUUUAAAUGCUGGAUCUAGACUAAUUAAUGCUGGAUUUGGAUUUUAUAUAUGCUGGAUUUAUAUUAAAUUAAUGCUGGAUUUAGAUUUAAUGAAUGCUGGAUUUGGAUUUAAUGAAUGCUGGAUUGAGAUUUAUUGAAUGCUGGAUUUAGGUUAAAUAAAUGCUGAAUUUAGAUUUAAUGAAUGCUUGGAUUUGGAUUUAAUGAAUGCUGGAAUUAGAUUUAAUAAAUGCUGGAUGUAGAUUUAUUAAAUGCUGGAUUUAAAAUUCAUUAAUGCUGAAUUUAGAUUUAAUAAAUGCUGGAUCUAGAUUUAAUAAAUGCUGAAUUUAGAUUUAAUUAAUGCUGGGUUUAGAUUUAAUAAAUGCUGAAUUUAGAUUUAAUGAAUGCUGGAUCUAGAUUUAAUAAAUGCUGAAUUUAAAUUUAAUGAAUGCUGAAUUAAGAUUUAAUAAAUGCUGGAUUUAGAUUUAAUAAAUGCUAGAUUUAGAUUAAAUGAAUGCUGAAUUUAGAUUUAAUAAAUGCUGAAUUUAGAGUUAAUAAAUGCUGGAUUUAGAUUUAAUAAAUGUUGAAUUUAGAUUUAAUAAAUGCUGGAUUUAGAUUUAAUAAAUGCUGGAUCUAGAUUUAAUAAAUGCUGAAUUUAGAUUUAAUGAAUGCUGAAUUUAGAUUUAAUGAAUGCUGAAUUUAGAUUUAAUAAAUGCUGAAUUUAGAUUUAAUAAAUGCUGAAUUUAGAUUAAAUGAAUGCUGGACUUAGAUUUCUUCAAUGCUGCAUCUAGAUCUGAAUCACACUGGAUAUAGAUUUCUUCAAUGCUGCAUCUGAUCGGAAACACACUGGAUAUAGAUUUCUUUAAUGCUGCAUCUGAUCGGAAACACACUGGAUAUAGAUUUCUUUAAUGCUGCAUCUAGAUCUGAAUCACAUUGGAUAUAGAUUUUUUUAAUGCUGCAUCUAGAUCUGAAUCACAUUGGAUAUAGAUUUCUUUAAUGCUGCAUCUAGAUCUGAAUCACAUUGGAUAUAGAUUUCUAUAAUGCUGCAUCUAGAUCUGAAUCACAUUGGAUAUAGAUUUCUUUAAUGCUGCAUCUAGAUCUGAAUCACACUGGAUAUAUAUUUCUUCAAUGCUGCAUCUGAUCUGAAUCACAUUGGAUAUAGAUUUCUUUAAUGCUGCAUCUAGAUCUGAAUCACAUUGGAUAUAGAUUUCUUUAAUGCUGCAUCUAGAUCUGAAUCACAUUGGAUAUAGAUUUCUUUAAUGCUGCAUCUAGAUUUGAAUCACACUGGAUAUAUAUUUCUUCAAUGCUGGAGCCUGAUUUUCCUAUGCUUCAAAUAGAUUUAAUAUUUGUUAUAUUGGGAUUUAAAAGAUGCUGGAUUUAGAUUUCUUAAUUGUUGGAUUAGACUUUGAUUAGUUUUGACUGAUUUUGGGGAAUUAGAUUAUCUCUUAACUGGAUUUAGAACUGAAUGCUUGAUUUUGAAAUAUGUUCAAUUUUAAGGUGCACUAAAUUUAUAUUUUUGAAUUCUUAUGUAAGAUUUUAGAUACUUGUGCAUUUUAUAUAUUUUUAAAAAAAAUUGAAUGCAAAUGUUAUGCUGGAGAUUGUUGACACCUCUGUUGCUUGGUGAAGAUGUUCUUGAUUUAGAUUGAAGUUAUAGUCUCUCAUGUUGUUUUUCAGGGUAUUUAAGAUUGAAUGACAAUGUUCAGUUUUGCAUUUCAACUUUUAAACCUGCCUUUUGUUAUUUUGUUACUAUGAGUAAAUCAUAUCUAAAAUUCAAAUAAGUUUAUUUGUAUGAGUAAAGGGAUGAAAUUGGUUAUCAAACAGCUGUUUUUAUAAAAUAUUACAAUAUAGCUGAGCAUUGCCAAGUCCUGAUUAACUUUAGUGGGUAGUUUAAUAUUAAUUCAUUCACUUAUUUGUUUGAUUGUGUCAUUUCACAUGGUGUCAAGUAUCCAUCCUUCUUUAAUAAAGAUCUGUGAUAAAAACAUUAGCUACCGUAUAUCAUUUACAUAUUGUAUAACUUUAUGAUGUGAUGUUUGUUCUACUAUUUAUGUUCCUUGUUUCUGUUAUUUAAUACUAUAUUGUUAAAAAGACAAGCUUUUAUAAAGCUGUGAUAUGACAUUAAUUGCAACUUUUUCUUUGCCAUUUGAUUUGAUGAUUUUUCUAGGUUUUCCGUCCGUCCCCUUAUUUGUCAUGAUAAAACAGCUAAUAAAAACAUGUAUAUAAAACUU